AUGAAAUAACUCAGUUUAUUAAAUCUCGUCAACAUCUAGCCCAAAUAAACUACUUUGUACUCGACCAAAGAUUCAACCAAAAAAAUACGGAGCUUUGAUAUCAUUGGCAGAAGUCCCUAUAAAAUCAACCCUGCUCGAUAAACUCAAAAACAAUUGAUUAAAGAAUGCCCACCAAUAACUAGUAGAGCCACACAAAGAUAACAUAUCAAAUCUCCUCCUGAUUUUACAAAAUCCAACAAACCAAUCAGUAUUAGCAAUCAUCGUAUGUUUAUUUUUAUUGUAUACAAGUUGAUCUUCAUUAAAAUGAAACGUAAACAAAAGGAUAAUAAAAAUCAUAUCAUCUCCAACUAAAAUCAAUCCUCAUUAAAGAAUAAGAUCAAUUGCAUAUGUUCGAUUAAGCCAAACGUAAACACAAUUUCAUAUCGCAUAGGAAUCAACACUCAAAUUACAAGUAACCUGAUACCUUAGAUCACAAAGUUACAUCUCAGAACCCACCCAGAACAAAUCGACCAAGAGGUAACCCAAAAAUUACCAUCGACACUUCACAAUACUAAUUUAAGCAAAUCUGAAAAAUUACUUCAGCAAAACCAAUAAAAGUUUUUGGAUCUCCAAAACAAAAUCACAUCCAAUAUUAAACAACGAAAUUAGACCAAAACUUACUCCUUGACAACCCAUCAACCUCAACCUACUGUCAAGUAAUUACCUGACCAAUUUCAACUACCCUAAACCGCAUAAUAUGUCUUACAACACUAUUCAGAUAGGCUCAGUGAAUUCGAGAGGAAAGAGAUUAUUGACUAUGAAACUAUUUAUUACCUCGCUCCUAAAAAUAUUGCAACAGGCCAGAGAGAUCCCUUGGGGAAUCUAUUUAAUUAUGGAUACGAUAAUUAACAGUAUUUUUAUCAUGCUUAUUCCCUUAGUGGAGACUAUAGAUUCAUCAAACAGGAUUAGAUAGCUUUUAGGUAUGAAAUGCUAGACAAAUUAGGGAAUGGCAGUUUCGGUUAUGUUUUUAAAGUCUUUGAUCAUAAACAUCGUAAGGAGAUGGCUAUCAAAAUUAUAAAGAACAGAGAGAAGUUUUAUUAAUAAGCCCUAAUCGAAAUAGACUUGCUGAAGAUUAUCAAUAAAGCAGAUAAUUCUUAUUGUCUGAUUAAAUUGAUGAAUUUUUUUGAAUUUAGAAAUCACAUUGUAAGACAUUCAAAUUAAACUAGAAAGUGUAUGGUUUUCGAAUUACUUUGUUGUAAUCUCUACGAGUUUGUGGCUUUGAAUAAUUUUGUAGGCUUAGAACCUAAUUUGAUCCGAAGAUUCGCUAUCUAAAUCCUAUAGGCUCUCCUCUAUUUGAAGGCUUGCAAUAUCAUCCAUUGCGAUCUAAAACCGGAAAACAUUCUCCUCAAAGAAUUCACUAAGUCAGGUCUUAAGGUCAUAGACUUUGGCUCAAGUUGCUUUGCUAACAAUAAAAUGUACACCUACAUAUAAGUAUACUUAUAUUGUAUUAAAUCAAGAGCAGAUUUUAUAGAGCUCCAGAGAUAAUAUUUGGAAUUAAUUACACAUUUCAAAUAGAUAUGUGGAGUUUUGGAUGCAUAAUUGCUGAACUCUUUUUAGGAGAUUCUCUCUUUCAAUCUAAAACUGAAAAGGAAUUGCUCUAUGCUUAAACCAAGGUUCUUGGUAUGCCUCCAAAAGAAGUGAUUGAUUAAAGUCCAAGAAGAUCAAAAUUUUUUGAUGACAAAUAUCAACUCAACUACAAAAUAAAAGAAAAUGAGUAAACUCAGUAAUUGAAGCCUCUCCCUCAAUUACUUGACAAAGCAGAUGCCGAUUUCUAUGAUGUAUUUAAUAGAUAUCACACAAUUAGUUCAUUAGCAAGUGUCUAGAAUGGAAUCAAUUUUAGAGAUUGACACCAGAACAAGCUUUAGAGCAUCCUUGGAUUGUUAAUACUCUGCCCUAAGCCAUUCGGAAUGAACUUCUCCAAAAAAGAACAUAUGUAUCUUCAAUCACUGCCAAUAACAAGAAUACCGACAAGUAAGAACUUAAAUGA